UUCCUCUUGCGCCCCCCGCAGACCCACACCAGGAAAACACUAGUCUGUGAAAACAUCCAGUGUGUCACAACCCGCGGAUGAGCUGCAGCAGCGGCGGCGGCGGCGGCGGUGUGCGUUCGACACAACGCCAUCCCGUCCGGUGUGGCUCCGCUCGGUGGUCUGGGUGUGCGGACCCUGAGCCCAGCAGCACCGCCCCGCAUUCAUCCCCAAAUGGCGGAGUGAGUGAGGAUGCGACUCCCCAGUUCCAUCUUUGUGUCGGUGUCUCUGUUUACAGCCGAGACCACCGCAGCCCUGUACCUCAGCUCCACGUACCGGUCCGCCGGAGACCAGAUCUGGCAGGGGCUCACUCUGCUCUUCACGCUCGUGCCGUCGGUGCUCGUGCAGCUGACCCUCACCUUCAUCCACCGGGACCUGAGCAGGGACCGGCCCCUCAUCCUGCUGCUGCACAUCCUGCAGCUCGGACCCAUCGUCAGGUGUCUGGAGGCGUUUUGUAUCUAUGGCAGCGUGGGCCGUGUGGAGGAGCCUUAUGUCAGCAUCACCAGGAAGAAGCAGAUGCCUCGCAGGGGUCACUCUGAGGAGGUGGAACGGCAGGUGGGGCAGGCGGAGGGGAAACUGUUUACACACCGAGCAGCCUUCGCCCGCACCUCUGUCAUUCAGGCCUUCCUGGGGUCCGCCCCUCAGCUCACCCUGCAGCUCUACAUCUGCGUCCUGCAGCAAGGGGUGUCCAUCGGAAGAGGUACAUUAAUGGUCAUCUCCCUCCUGUCCAUCGUGUAUGGAGCACUCCGUUGCAACAUCCUCGCCAUCAAGAUCAAAUAUGAUGACUAUGAAGUGGACGUUCGGCCCAUGGCUUAUCUGUGCAUUUUUUUGUGGCGGAGCUUUGAGAUCGCCACCCGUGUGGUGGUCCUGGUUCUGUUCAGCUCAGUCCUACAGCUUUGGGUGCUCCCUGUAGUUCUGCUUAACUUCCUUGUUUUCUUCCUUUACCCCUGGAUCCUGUUCUGGCUGAGCCACUCACCAUUCCCUGAGAACAUUGAAAAAACCCUCACCAGGGUAGGAACCACCAUCGUGCUUUGUCUGCUCACUUUCCUCUACGCCGGCAUCAACAUGUUCUGCUGGUCGGCCGUGCAGGUGAAACUCAGCGACCCAGACCUCAUCAAUAAGUCGCAGAACUGGUAUCGCAUGGCUGUUUAUUACAUGCUGCGUUUUGUGGAGAAUGCCUCACUGCUUCUGCUGUGGUACAUUUACAAAACGGACUUCUACAAGUUCAUCUGUGCCCCGCUGUUGGUGCUGCAGCUUCUGGUCGCCUACGCAAUCGCCAUAUUCUUCAUGCUGGUUUUCUACCAGUUCUGCCACCCAUGUCGGAAGCUGUUCUCCUCCAGUAUGACGCAGGGGCUUUGGGAUUGUUCUUCUCUUCUCUGCCUGAUGUGCAACACUGCUACACCACAGAGCAGACCCAUCAGACCAGCUGCUCUGGAGCCACCGAGUCCGACUCCACACAAGGAGCCCCCCAGUGACAGAGCCCCUGACACGGCUAGUGACACCACUGAAGACAUGCCCAAUGAUACGACCUCUGACAUGCUCAAUGACACCAUCUAUGACAUUCCCAAUGAAAUCGGCAAUAAUACAGGCAGCGGAAUCAAUGGCGACAUUAACCACAGUGUGUCCUGUAAUGCGUAAAGCAUCACAACUGAUUGACGUGCCAUUCAGAGGACAUAUAGAGUUACCAUACCCUCUGUAAACUUCAAGUGCCGCAUAGAUCCCUCUGUGAGUUUGCACAUAAAGGAUUAGUUUGCAUUUUUUUGAAGUGAGGUUGUAUGAGGUACUUACACCUACAGUCAAUGGCAAUAGCAAUUAGCAAUUUUCUCAGUUGAUUUGGUGACUUUUAAAAGGCACCUCACAACAAAUUCAACUAAUUUAAUGACAAUAACAAGUGUCUGAGUCGAUGUGAAGGUGUCAGGAUGUAAUUAACUCGAAUGGAUUCUUCAGGGGAUGGACUUUGGCUCAAUAAACGUCUCCCUGCUCCUUCACAGCGGUGACAUCUAUAUCUACUGUUGAUAAUACACUGACUGCAGAUAACUACCUCAUAUAACCCCACUUAAAAACAUCCACACCAACCCUUUAAUAUCCUUGGGCUUAAUUGGAGACGUCAGUUAUCAAAUGUUUUCUAGCUCCAACAUGAAGCAAAUGUGUCCUUAUCUUGUGCUGUAUACUGGCUGCAUUGUGUUCCCUUGUGUGUGUCGAUCUGGCUUCAGCUGACACUUCAGAGGAGGUGCUCCCCUCCCAUCAUCAUCAUCAUCAUCAUCAUCAUCAUCCUGACUUCUCAUACUGCAGCCUUUGAUACAAAUCAAAAACCUGUGGCCACAAACUUUAUUUAAUGAAGAGUGUUCACUUAUAUAUGCUGCAUUACUGAUCACAACGAGCCAUGUGUUCAACCUGAUUGUAUUUAAUGUGUUUGGCAUGGAGGUGUGUGCAUGCGUAGAGCCUCAGAUGAGGGUGCUGUGUAAUUCCGCAGGGGGAGAGUCUGUUUUGUACAAGGAUUUUCUUAACCCCCUACUUUUAUGGCUGCGAACAAUCCGCUUUUUUAACUCCUUGAUAAGAGCUUUAUCAUUACUGUGUGCUGCUUCUGUGGUGUAUUUGUGCUUAAUGAUGAGAUGUGAAUUUCCACACAUUGUACGUACAGAGCCUGUUCAAUCACCAUGUUACUGUAAAGCACGAACAACUCUCCACGUUUCUGCACGUUUACAGAAUGAUUUAAGUGGCUUUGGUUUAUUCCACUUCAACAGCAGCUGUUCUGAUGUUAAAUGUGUUGUCUGGAUGUAUGUGCAUUUUUUUUCUUGAUUCAUGCUUGUUAUGUCUGUCAGCUUCUUGUCUGUGUCUAUACUGAGUGCACAAAAAAUGGAUAAUCAAACAUGUGUCAAUGUAUUUUUGCUUCUAUUCAACCUUUAAUGUAUAAUCAUGUGUGGAUGUGUGAGUGAAAGAAUGUCAGUGUUUUUGCACUAACUCCUUUUUGCAAUGUAUCUGCAGAGGAAUUACAGCCUCAAGUAUCACAUGAAUGCUCCUAAUAUUUGUAUAAAUAAGACAAAAAGAAAGAAAAAAAAAAAGAGUAAAAAAAUAUUGUACACAUCAUUCUCAUACCUAGAAAGCCGUUUAAAAGAAAUUCUACUUAAAAAUUAAAAUAAAUUUAUAUUUAUAUGUGGAAA